AUGGCAAGACGGACGUGGUCGUGUGCCCGACUGACUGUCUGGGCUCCUGGAGCGUGGCCUCCGAGGAGGCGCUGCGGAAUCAGUGCGCGGGGAACGGGGAGGUGGUCUCCCGGAACUACACGCAAACCAGGCAGCCGGCGAACGGUGGCGCCGCCUGCGAGGCGGCGGAUGGCGAGACGCAGGACAUCAUUUGUGGGCGGGACUGCGUGGGUUCCUGGGACGUUGU